CUUUCACAUAUUGCUCUGUUCUUGUACCGAAAGGUGAGAAAAGUUUCCUCAUAUCAUCUGCCCUGUUCUUCACGCAUCUGGGUCCAGAUCUACUUCAUAUUCACCGAUCUUCUACAUUCCUUCAGCUUCUCUCCCUUGCAAGGAGGCCACGCCACCACUGCCAGCAGGCCGAUCAUCGUCACCGCCUCAUCACUGGUCCAUUGAGCAUUGGUGAGUGUCAAAACGAGCGGUGGUUGAUGAGAAAUGACUUGCAUUCGAUUCUAGAGCAUUCCCCAAGUAGCCCAUUUUUGAACUUAUCUGCCAUGUGCCAGCUCAUAGUGCAUGCUUGGACAGCACGCGUCCUCCCAUACAAAUACUCACUACAGAGGUACAAGAGAGCAUUUUUAGAAACCCUAGACCCGCGGCUUGGGCACCCUCUCUGCCUCUCCCCAAUCUCUUCCCAUCAUCUUUAUCAUUCUCUCAUCCAAAAACCCUCACAACAGAUUCAGGAGAUUUCCCAAAAGAAAAACCAAAAAAAGCUGCAAGCAUCCCAAAGGAGCAACAAAGGUAGAAAGAAAAGGAGAAACAGAGACAACAACAAAGAAUCAGACCAAAACAAAGUGAACAAAAAGAAAAAUAGAAGCAGAAAGAGUACAUUCAGUGGUGCAAGAUCAAGUGCUGAAGCUGAAUCCUUUGCCAGUCAAAUAAGGGAGAUUCAUGAUGAUGUGAGAAGAAAGAUUGUGCUUAGUAAAGAGCGAUACAAAGCUCACACUAUUGUUCGAAGAUGCUUUGCUGAUUUUGAAGGGGGGGGGGGGUGGUUAUGGUUUGUAUACGACUUGAGCGGUUUCCUAAGGGUACUUACAAAAAGCUUCAUUCCGAGAAUGCAGGCCCAUGCAAGAUUGUGAAGAACACAAGCUCUAAUGCUUGUCCUUGAAUAACCUUCAGAUAUGGGUAUUAGUAAUGUGUUUAAUGUUGAAGAUUUGACAUUGUAUCCAGGACAUUCUAAUCUUGAUGAUGAGGACCAGGUUGUUGUUUGCUUGCUCCCAGCCCCUCACACAAAGGAAGACAUUGAUGAUGUUCUUGAUGAUCAAAUUGUGUCAACAAGAGAAAGGUGGGUACCAAAAGUAUUUGGUCCAUUGGAAGAAUUGCCCUCUUUUAGAGUGUACUUGGAUUACUGCUAACGAAUUUCAAUCAAUGUAUCAACCGUGACCUUUAUGAGAGUUAUCAUUCUCUUUUCUCGCCAGUGUUGAGAAUUUCCAAGUCGGGGAGAGAUGAUGGGGAACGUAAGUGGCAGCCCACUUUGAAGACCUAUAAGAGCAAGGAAAAGUUAGUUCUAGUACUCGAGCCUUAAUUUGGGAUGUUUCGAAUGAUGGGGUGCUCUCAUGGGACCUUGUUUAGUCUUACUUUAUUGUUUAGUUGCUGCCGGAUCAGUUAAAUUAAGUUCUAUUAGAACAAGGGCAUUUUUGGUAAUUUUUAGAAAUCUGGAAAGGGUUGUUCUUGGUUAUACUAAAGGCCCAUGAGUCAUAUUUUAUGUUUUGAGUCUUUCUCCUAUUUGGUUUAGGAGUUAUUAAGUUUUUUAUUUAAUUGUUAUUAGCAAUCCUAUUCAUUCUAGGAAUAGGUUAUUUGAAUUCCAAGUCAUUCUAGGAAAGGGAAUAAUAGUAGCCUUUAUAUAAAGGCUUUAUUGUAUUCAAUAUAUUCAUAUAGUGAUUGAUUAAUAAGGCCUUAUUUGGUUUAGAGA